AUCGAGAGAAGAGUCAGUUUACUUUAAAAAAAAAAAAUUCUGGAUGGUUCUGCAAGCAAGCAGGAACAACCGAUAAUGGGUUGGGUGUGGAAGGGUGAUGAAUCCUCCGAGAAUUCCCCUUACGGUGACAUCAGUGAGUUCUCAGACAAAUCAAACCCUAUGUCUGGUGACCGAUGCGCCACGCGAAAGGUCGUGAAAUCGCAGUGCAGAACCGAAGAGGUGGAGCCGGGAAAAUUUGUCAGAAAGUGCGAGAAGACUGAAGAAAUCUUCAAGGAUUUCCUAGGAAGGCCCUCUGCAGUGGUGCAAUCCAACAAAGAGUACACUGAAGAAGACGUCACAAACCAGAUGAUGAAAGGGUCUUUCUCCAUGGACUCAUCAGAGCUUGGACCCUUUGAAUUCCCCGGGCUACGCAAAGAUAUUGAAGCUAUUGAACGAAGCUUCCUUGGUGGUCUUAGCCAUUUCUUUGAAGCAGCUGAAGAGAUGAAGAAUGGAUUUUUCAGUGUAUUUGGGGCUCCAUACUUAGAUGAUGGGGGUCCUUCAUCCUCAUCAGGUAAUAGGCGUGGAAUACCCAUUGAGGGCCAUCCUCCUAAAGAAGUCUCUCCUAAAGUGAAAAACCCUAAUGGAGACAUCGAUCUUUGUGGAUUGGCCCGAGAUGUUUAGACCUAGCUAUUUUGAGACUAGCACUACGUUUUUUUUUUUUUGAGAAAAUAAAUAGUAUUUGCAGUUGUUAAUUUUCCUUACAUAUGGAUCUGCCUGCACAUAUCUGACUUUUGUGGUGGUUUUUAGAACUUGAUAGUCAAUGUUGUUUAUUCCAUGUGGCCAUCCAUCAAUGUGUUGAGGGUGCAGACUGAGGGCACAGGUCAAGUCAAUUCAUGUUUUUAUGUCUAUUUGUUAUUCAUGUUUGUCAUCUGGAAUUAAAAAUUGGUGGUGAUUGUUGGGGGCUGUUCGUUAAAAUUUGGCCUAAUAACCUUGUGAGGUAAUAAUAU